GUAUAGAACAGUUGGUGAAGGGUUUUGCAGAUUUUCAGAGAAAGAUUUGAAUUUAGCUUUGUUCUUUUGCUCUUUUUUCUUGAAUUUAAGGUUGGGAGUUUGGAAUUUUAGGUCCUCGGGGAGAGCGAUGGAUUUCGAUGUGAUUUUUAGUCUUUCUUCAUGAACUGGAAGUGGGUAUUUGGAAUUAUAGUUUUCUUUUUUUCUUUUUGUCUUUUUUUCCUACAGAGAUUUGAAUUUUAGAUGUGUUGCUCUUUCCAUGUGAAUUUGAUUUUCUUCUAACAUCUUUCUUAUUGCAGAUGGGUUGUUAAGAAGCCUCAAAUCAUGGAAAAUUUUGUCAUGAUCUUGUCGAAUGCAGGUCUUGGGAUGGCCAUGUUCAGUCUCGGUAAAAUCAUUGAUAUUUUCAUCAUGUUCAGUCUUGGUAAGAUCAUUGAUAUGCUCAUUCGACGCGAGGGGUGUCAUCAAGAAAUAUGACAGUCCCGAAAAAAUUCUUGAAGAAUUCUUUCAUUUAAGACUUGAGUUCUAUGUAAAGAGAAAGAAAGUAAUGUUGGAUAAUCUUGAAAUAAAGCUGUUGAGAUUGUUUAACAAAGUUAGAUUCAUCAUUGGGGUGGUAGAAGGAGAGAUUAUUGUGAGUAACAGGAAGAGAGCGGAUCUGGUCCUCGAGUUGCAGCAGAAGGGUUUCACAUCGUUCCUUAAAACCAAAGGUAUUGAUACCAGUGAGGCAAUGGAAAUAGAAGAAAAUGAAGAGACACCGGAGGUGGGAAGAGUUGCAAGAGCAAGUGAUUACGAGUAUCUACUAUCGAUGCCGAUUGGAACCUUGAUGCUGGAAAAGGUUCAAGAGCUGUUGGCUGAAAAAGGGAAGCAAGAAAUGGAGGUGGAGGAAUUGAAGAAGGAAACUCCAAAGUCUCUGUGGAUGAAAGAUCUUGAUGCUUUCAUUACGACAGAGCAUGAGAAGGAAGAAGCCCAGGUGGAGGAGGUGACAUGA